GGCAUCGGACUGCCAUUCAGAGAUUUGCAGGAGCAGCGAAUCGUAAGGCGGCUAAGCGGAACGCGCUGUAAGCAUGGAGGGAGGCUCCAUCCGCAGCGGGCGGAGUCUGAACGCGUCGCAACAUGUCGUCCUCGACGUGGCUAUCAUGGCAGUACCACGAAGGUGAUGGCGAUGCGCUCUCCAAUUCUUCCGCGACUGAAGAACCAUGCCACUGGAGUCUGAUGCAGUCGUCCGCGACUCUGUCAACACUCUUCGCUUGGGAGUAGGACCCUACACCGUCUUUUUUGUCUUUUCCCAAAGAGGUAUAUGCACGAAAGAGCUUCGGAGUGGAGGAGUGAAGUGCAGCUUUCGACAGCCCCCACUCCGGCCACUCAACUUCUUCCGGGCACCGCGUAGCCUGCAGCUCCCUGAAAUGGCGAAUACGACAAACUCUCGCGGCCAAUUAACCCGGCUUGCAGCGUUCGCCUUGCGAAGUGUCGGCUUUCCAUUCGUGCCACGACAUCGGUGGUUGGCACCAAAAGCUUGGGCUGCCGGGAUGUUCGAAGUGGGCAUGCUACGAGAGGGAUCGACGCCGUAUCGUCGUCGAAAAUCGCUGUCUAGCUCGGUUGCUAACCUCGAAGCAGAGCAUGCAGAGCAACAACGGCCGUCCCGCAUUCGCAUGUGCAGGAGUGCUUCCGUCGUACAGGAGAAAAACCUUUCCUCAAAGCAGCUCGGCUAUGCCGGAGUGAUGUGCCUGCAUCGAUGGCACACAUCUUACAAAAGCUGAUCCCGGUCAAUUGCUCACCCGAUCGCUUUCGUCUGCUAGUUGGAUGGCCGUGAUACUUGCUCGUCCCGCCCCAUGGUCAUGGACAAAAUCGCAGAGAAUCAGCUACGCGUAUGCGCGGAAUGGAUCGAAGGCUUUGAGCACCCGACACCAGAAAGCGUGAUCCGACAUCGCCAUGAAGACUGCGUCCACAUCCAACGACCUCGCUCAAUGGGCAUUCCCAUCCGCAACAAUGCGCAGUACAGCAAGUAUUUCACCAAACUGCUGAUCCCGAGUCUGCACAACUUCAAGGUGCGU